CAGAAACAUUUUAUCUCUGUGAAGUAUUUAAUAUUUUAUCAGUAACUGGGAAGUGAAAGUUGGCAGAAUAUCAUUUGUGUUUCCACGACGUGUUGUCUCUCCUAGCUGUGACUUUUUCAGAUUUUAAUUCCUCCUCAUUAGUUUGCUAAAAGUGGUGAUAGAUAUUUCCAGCCGAGCCUCAGUCAGCCAGGCUAUCUUGACGUCUUCUAAAUUUAGCUCUGCUGUGUUUUUAAAAGCCAUAAUGGGUGGCUGCUCUGCUCCAAACUGCUCCAAUUCAACCAGCAUAGGUAAACAGCUUUUUAGAUUCCCUAAAGACCCCAUCAGGAAGAAGAAAUGGUUGGUGAACUGUAAGCGUGACUUUGAACCAACUCCUCACUCCAGGCUCUGUCAGGAUCAUUUUGAGCAGAACCAGUUUGAGGAGGUAGCGAGGUCUCCAGCUGGAGGGAGGAAGCUGAAGCCAAAUGCCAUCCCCACUCUGUUCAGCAGUGCAGAUCCUCCUUAUCCUGCAGCCAGUACUCAAUACAUCCUUCUGCCCAUGAAACCUGAACCAGUAGAAAAGGAGCUGAAUUUUGGGGAUCAUGGCUACGCUAGACGCACUCCUCUGCCUGGCAUGGAGGAUGAGGAGGCAGAGGAGCAUCAGCCCUGCACACGCUGUCAGCUCCUGAAGAAACAACUGGAGCAGGAAAUGCAGCACACUGCAAGACUACAGAGAGAGGCAGAGGAGAUGAAGAAGCGUCUCUAUCGUCUUGACCGCAUCGAGAAAGGUCUUCAGAACUUUCUGUAUGAGGACCAGAUUCGAGCUUUGUCCCUCAGCAAACGCUCCCGCCGUGCUGUCUGGUCACCAGAAACCAUCCUGAAGGCCCGAAAGAUCCGCUGUGCUGUCGGCACUAAAGGCUACGAGUACUUGAGGGAGCUUGGGUACCCUUUGCCCUCCUACAGGACUCUGUGUAACCGUCUGGAGACAAAGAUCAUGGUGACAACUGACAUGAGCUGUGAGGAGCUGGCAGAGCUCAGCCUCGGGCUCAUGGCCACCUGUGACAGCCCAACUGGAGGAGUCGGGGACAAUGAUGAGGAGGAGCUGAUCGGAGUAUUGUCCUGAUUUUAGAAGUUUUUUAUAAAGGGAAGACUGGAAAAGAUAUUGUGGUAAACCUUUUUGGGUGUGGCUCACAAUGGCCCAGAAGUUUCUCCCACGUCUUUAAAGACGAAAGCUUCAGUAAAAUUGUGUGCUUUUUCUUGGCAGAAACUGUACGUUUAGAUGUAUGAAUUGUCACAUGCUUGUGCUCUACAGCUGCUGAGAUUUGCACAGUUGCAUCUUAAAAAAUUUGAAUAUCAUGAAAAGGUUAAUCUUUUUUUACUGUGAUUGAAUUCGUCUUUACAAAGCAAAAUAUUUCCUGACUUUUUUUAAAUGUUGAGCUUUCAGGUCACAGAAAUCUAAAAUCUACUAUCCCAAUAUAUCACAAAACAUCAGUCCAAAAAAAGAGGUUUAUAAUCCGAAACGCUGGCCUUCAGGAAAAUUAUGCCCAUUUAUGCAUUCAGUAAUUGGUUGGAGCUCCUUUAACACAAAUUACUGCAGCACGGCUGGGGUUUUAUGAAGCCCAGGUUGCUCUGAUAGCAGCCUUCAGCUCGGCUGUAUUGUUUAGUCUGUUGUCGCUCAUCUUCCUCUUGACAUUUCCUCAUAGAUUCCCUAUGGGGUUCAGGUCAGACCAGUUAGCUGGCCAAUCAAACACAGUAAUACCAUUGUCAGUAAAAUAGUUUCUGCUAGUUUUGGCUUCACUGUAGGCAGGUGCCAAGUCCUGCUGGAAAAGCAAAUCAAUACCUCCAUAAAGCUUCUCAGCAGAUGGAAACAUGAAGUGCUCUAAAAUCUCCUGGUAGAUGGCUGACAGUGUUGACUCCAGACUUGAUAAAUCACAAUGGACCAACCACAGCAGAAGACAUGGCACCCCAAACCAUCACUGACUGUGGACACUUCACACUGGAUCCCAAGCACAUUGGAUUCUGUGCCUCUCAGAUUUUCCUUUAGACUCAGGGACCUUGAUUUCCAAAUGAAAAUCAAAUUGUCUGAAAACAGGACUUUGGACCACUGAGCAAUGGUCUAGUUCUUUUUCUCCUUAGCCCAGAUGAAAAGCUUAUGCAAUCUGAGGUUCAGGAGUGGCUUGACACUAGGAAUACAACACUUUUAGCCCUUUUCCUGGACCUGUCUGUGUGUGGUGGCUCUUCUACUGUAAUGGAGUCCUGUCUGAAGUACCCAGCAAAACCCUGGACAGGCUCCAGUAUGUCCAAAACUCUACUGUGAGAGUUCACACCCACACUAGACCCUGGCAACACAUCACUCCGACCCUCAUCCACCUUCACUGGCUCCCGAUCAAGUCCUGCAUCAGCUACAAAGUCCUCCUCCUCACAUACAAAUCUCUCCAUGCCCUGGCUCCUCAGUACCUUUCUGAUCUCUUCCAUCCAUACACACCAUCCCAUAACCUUCGGUCUUCAGACACUGGCCUACUUUCCAUACCCAAAACCAAAAUCCAAACCUUUGGAGACAGAGCCUUCAGCGCUGCAGCCCCUACCCUCUGGAACACUCCUCCUGCAGACAUCCGUUGCGCUCCAUCUCUGGACAUUAGUCUUGACUAAACCAGCCCUUAUACUCAUCCUACCCCUCACUUAGUUUGUCCAUGUCUUAUGUGUUCUUGUAAAGCAUCCAUGGGUUUCUUGAAAGGCGCUAUAUAAAUUCCAGAUACUAUUAUUAUUAUUAUUAUUAAUUCACUGACUGCAGCCUCAUUCCACUCUCUGUGAAGCUCCCCUACGUUCUUGAAUCUGCUUUGUUUGACAAUCCUCUGAAGGCCAAGGUCAUACCUGUUGCUUGUUUACCUUUUCUUAUCACACUUUCCCUUCCAGUCAACUUUCCAUGAAUAUGCUUUGAUACAGCCUCUGAAGACAGCCUGCUCUUUCAGCAGUGACCUUCUGUGGCUUACCCUCCAUGUGAAGGGUGUCCUCUGGACAAUAGUCAAGUCAGCAGUCUUCCCCAUGAUUGUGGUUGUUUGUACUGAACGAAAGAGGGAAGGAAGACUCAAGAAACCUUUGCAAAUUGGACAUUUCCACAAUAUUCUAAUAUUUUGAGAUAGUGGAUUUUUGAUUUUCAUGAGCUGUAAGCCAUAAUAAUCAAGAUUGGAAAAAAAAGUCUAGAAAUGUUUUGCUUUGCACCUAGAAUCGAUGGAAUUUUAACUUUUUGAAGUAAAUCAUGUGGGGGGAAAUGAACGUUAAUGUUUUUCAAAUUUUUUGAGAUGCACCUGUAGUUUGGAUGUGGUGUUUCCACCGUGAUAUACUUGUAUGCUGCCUUAUGAGGGGAGAUGAAUGAUGUAGUCAGAUUUAAAGGGACUGGGGUUGUUCUGAAAGUGUAGAAAUAUUUGUAAAAGGCCUGUUGAAUUGGCAGCCUGUUUAAUGUCCAGUGUCUCUAACCAGUGAGGUUAGAGGUGCAGUGAAACUUUUUAAGAGUUCUGAGUAGAGUCAGCACAGAUGAAAUUUUCUCAGAUUAUAUGAUACACUGUUAAGAGGGAGAAAUACAACUCGUAAAAAAUACAGUGGCUGAUACAGAGCCCCCUUUUAGGGUAUGUUGGGAUUUUUUGCCAAUAUUUGAUAAAAUGGCUCAACAGACCAAAAAAAUAGAAAAUGCUUGAGUUGAGGAUGACAUGCACUAAAAGGUGACAGGACCGGUGCUUAUACAACAUGUUCCUUGGGUACAUUAUGGGUGUCUGGUUUCACUGACUGUGUCAGGUUAGAUUACAUGAAGCAGGUUACCAAAUCAUCGAGUAGAUUCAAGGUUUCAGUUUCAUAAAAGGGGCAGGGUUGUCUUCACUACAAUCGUAAAAGAAACUGCCGUCAACACGUUGAUACAACAAAUUUGUCAAAAAUAUAGUCAUUAACAUGCAGAGGUUCAAAAACAUAAGCUACUGCAGAUAAAAUCAGCACAGCUACAGUCCCAACAUAUGUGACUGAUAAGUCCACUUUCCCCCUUUAAUUACCUUGCUGCUGUAAUAUUUUUCUUGUAUGGCAGUUCUAGAAAUAAUAUAUCAGCUGCAUCCCCAGUGGUCUCAAAGAAAACUUAUGAAACCAAUAUAAAUGUAAUGCGAAGCAAGAAAUAUGCUUUACUUUUCAUCUGAUGAACUCAAUUCAGUCUCUUUAGAAUGAUAAUAUAAGAUGAUUACGGGUAAUACUAAGUGUUUUGUCAGUCUCUCUCCCUUCUUUCCUCUCAAUCAGUUCUCAGUGUUCAGGAGAGCUGAUUGGUCAGUAGGUGGUGUCUUACAGGAUGAUCUGUAACUGCUGUUUCCUACUGGGUGCGUAGCGGCCUCAUAACGGCUGUGUCACAGCUUGAUUUUCAUUUUGGCAUUCAAUGUCAGAGCUGUCAGACUGCCUGAUUGAGCAGCACAUCUCACACACAGAAUAGGCUCUUCUCUUUUUGUAGCAAGCUCUGCACUUCUCUCAGCCAAAGUAGACAGAAAUGAUGAAUAAGAGAGUUAUAUUUACUUUGCUUUGGUAGAUGUGAAUGUUCACUAGGGCUGAACAAUUUGCAAAAAUAAUCUAAUUGCAAUUUUUUCCCUUAGUGCUGUGAUUUGAUAUGUGAUUAUUAUUAGGUACUUGUCUAUUUUUCAACAAAUUCAAGCAAUAAAUCAUUCUAUAUUACAACCUACAUUUAGUUAAGCAGCAUGCUUUGACUUUCCAUGUAGUCCAUAGCUACACCACCGUAUGGAAAAUGCAUUUAUGACAAUGUAUUGAAAACAAUGAAAUUAUUCAAAAGCAAUUAAUUCAUAGUAGCAGAAUCUAAAUGGGAGGGAGCAACAAGCUUCAUGCUAUAAAGGAGGAGGCUGGGGUGGAGGAGGUGAAGCUUUUCCAGCAGCAGUAUAAUGCAAGCAGGGAUAAGUGAGCAGUACGUCAUCUUUAAAUGGACUGCUGUGCUGAGAGAUAGAGCUGUGAUUGGCUGUGGGAGCUGGCUAUCAGCCAAUCACAGCUAGGGGUAUGACUUAGGUGAACUAACGCUAAGCUUCAUCAAUGUAAGAUAGAAUUAACUAGGGCAGAACAACUACAAAAAUAUGUAUUUGCUAUUAUUUUUGCUCAUAUUGCAAAUUUGAUAUCAAUUGCUAAAUGUGCAUGAAAUCUCUGCUGCAAAAAAAAUGAAUGUAUUACACUGGUAUUUUGACAAAUUUCGAGUUAAAGCAAUAUUGCAAUGUCUGCAUUUUGUAAACUGCAGCAUGCCACAUUGCGAUUUAAUCUCAUUUGUGAUUCAUUACCCUGCCUGAAUGUCCACAUUAGUAGAAUAAGUGGCAGGCAAGAUAAACUCAGUUUGGCUACAGCUCCAGUUUGUGCUUUUACUUUGGAGAAAAUCAAUCUUGUUUGCACAGAGGGCUUUUAUUCUAAAAUGUCUUGGUUUGGUUAUGCUAAACAGUGAAUCGAGUCACUUUAGGGAGAUUUACUGAAAGUAAACUUGUAAAGAAAGUCAGAGCUGUGACGGCAGGAAGACACAGCCAACACAGCACACUGCCUUGUAUCAAAGGCUUGAUGUUUUGAGUCCAGUAAUGUGCCGUAGCUAUCACUCAGUAAACACACAACCCAGUCUGAAACAGCCGUUAUCCCAAACAUACCCCUGUAAGAGGUGAACCCCAUUCAAAGUAUUUAGAACCCAAAGUUAAAGCUGAAGUUACCUCGCUAAGUCCUGCUUCAUAGUGCAGGCCCUAUAGGAGCUGACCUUGCAUCCAGUGAGAUGUAAUGUACUACUAAACGACUGAAAAUCAACUUUUCCUGUAUAAAAUGUGCAUGGACUUUGCACCAGUAUGAAUAUGUCACUAUAUCUAGAAGUCUGCCUACUCAAUAAAAUAACUGAAUCUAAAGGAUUUGUCAUACUAUGGGACAGAUUCUACUGUAGAUCAGUGUUGACUCAACAGGAUGAUCUAUAUGUGCUGCAGACUGUGAUGUGAAUAUUGUGGACAGUAACACCAGUACACACUAUUAAACAAACUCCAUGACACCAUUUCACUAGCAUUUUUUUAUGUUUAUAUGCUCUUUAUGUUAAUUCUUCACAUCAGUGCUACAAAUAUCUGAGGGAAUAGAAGCCACACUCAGAGUGGUCUUUGGCUGACUCAGUUUAAGCAUUUGCUCAAGGGGGCACCACAAGAGCCCUGAACAUUUUCAAUGACAUUUUAAUUGUGAAACUACCACCACACUUUCAACACCCUGCUCUUACUAAGCAGGGAUUGAAGCAGAGGUUUGGGUGCAUCUCUGAAGAUGGCAGGUUGCUUGUAGCCUCUGCAGGUCAUCCUAUGUUCAGGAUGACCUACAAUCCCACUUAAUAACUACAUUUGUUGUUUUUUUUACUCAGGUUAUCUUUGUCUUACAAUAAAUUUUGUUUAUGAUCUGAAACAUUUUGGUUGACAAAUUUGCAGAAAAAUAAGAAAUCAGGAAGAGGGCAAAUACUUCUUCACCACACUGAAUGUUUUAAGGUGAUUUUCAGUUUUCACUGAACAUAAUGCAUGUUAAGAUUUCACUCAGGAUAAAAUAAACUACAAACUCAAAUAGCCAGUCUUCUUUAACUUUAUUUAGAUAAAAUGUCUGAUCUGUGCCAAAAAUCUCUAGUCAGUGGUCUCUGUAGAACACUAUUUAUUUAUUUAUUUAUUCAAAAUCACAUCUAAGUUAAUUACGGUAAAUUCUUGUUGCUUUUCUUGAUGUUUUUCCUCCUACCCACUUACCUCUAUUCCUCAUUGUGCAGUAAAGUAUUGUUCAGGAAGUACUGCAGUACUAUCGGCAUUGU